AUGAUGGAACGCCUCGACUCUAUCGAGGGACUGCGUGGGCGUAUACAGGACAACGACGCAGUCAUGAACCACCCGCAGGCGAUACGCUACGUCGCCGAUUUCAUGCAACGAACAGGCCUCCUACAGCAGUUCCGAUUCGCCACGUUUAACGACGAGGAGGACGAAGAGGUCCCGGAAUCCAGCACCCUCCUAGAGGGACUGGAUCUAAACGAGGAAGACGAUAGUUACACGAACGCCAAGGGCCAGGGAGUCUCAACUGGCUAUACGACGCGCACAUGCAGGAAUACUACAAAUAGAAUGGAGUGGAAGGAGAGAACAGCGCCUAGAGGCGCAGUAGGCACGCGGCAGGCGUGUGGCAGCUGGUUCAGUUGUGUUACUUUUUGA